CUUUAACUGUUCAAUUGUAGCUUUCGUUGACUUCAUUUACAUCCCUUCUUCUUCGAAUUCUUCUUCUCUCACCAAGUACCAAUGUCAGCCACGCCCGAGCCAAUCAUAUCACGUCACGUGGCAGUGAUUGGCGCCGGAGCCUCCGGUCUUGUCACUGCUCGUGAGCUCCGCCGCGAGGGCCACACCGUGGUUGUCUUCGAGCGAGGCGAUCAGGUUGGUGGCGCCUGGGUCUACACUCCGAAGGCCGACUCCGACCCUGAACUGACUCGGACCACGGUCCACUCCAGCCUCUACCACUCCCUCCGCACCAACCUCCCCCGAGAGUCCAUGGGCUUCAUGGACUACCCGUUCCUUGCCAAAGACGACCCGGACAGAGAUCCGAGACGGUACCCGGGUCACCGCGAGGUUAUGAUGUAUCUCCAAGACUUCACACGCGAGUUCGGGAUUGGUGAGUUGAUUAGGUUUGAAACAGAGGUGGUACACGUGAGAUUAGUAGCAGAGGAAGAAGGCUUCAAAUGGAAAUGGAAAAUAAAAUCAAAACAGAGACUGAGACUAAGACUGAGAGGGGAAUACGAAAAUGAAACGGUGGUUGAAGAGGAGGAGAUAUUCGACGCUGUUGUUGUAUGCAUCGGCCACUAUACGCACCCUCGAGUCGCCUGUAUUCCCGGAAUAAAUGAGUGGCGUGGGAAACAAAUACAUUGCCACAGUUAUCGUGUUCCUGAGCCUUUUCAAGACCAAGUUGUAGUUGUGAUAGGGAGUUCAGAAAGUGCAUUUGAUAUUUCUCAGGAAGUAGCGACAGUGGCCAAAGAAGUCCACAUUGCAGCUAGAACGGUCCUAGAUGGUGUAUUUGGAAAGCAACUUGCCUAUGAUAAUAUGUGGCUUCAUCCUAUGAUAGAAGGUGUCAAUGAAGAUUGUUAUGUAUAUUUUCAAGAUGGGAGUUUUGUCAUUGCUGACAUCAUUCUACAUUGUACAGGGUACAAGUAUCAUUUUCCUUUUCUUGAAACCAAUGGUGUCGUGACUGUGGAUGACAACCGUGUGGGGCCAUUGUACAAGCAUGUUUUUCCACCAACCUUGGCCCCUUGGCUUUCCUUUGUUGGGUUAACAUAUCAGACUAUUCCUUUCCCCAUAUUUGAAUUACAAAGCAAGUGGAUAGCUGGUGUUUUAUCUAAUCGAUUCACGCUUCCUUCACAAGAGGAGAUGAUUGAAGAUGUUGAAACCUUCUACACAUCACUUGAAGCUUCUGGCACGCCGAAGCGAUAUACUCAUCGUGUGGCUAAUAUCCAGGCAGGGUACAAUACAUGGCUUGCAGGUCAAUGUGGAUGUCCUGCAUUUGAAGAAUGGAGAAAGCAAAUGUGUUAUGACACUUUCAAGCGCAGACUCACCCAACCUCGGUCUUACCGCGAUGAAUGGGAAGAUCAACAUUUGGUUUUGCAAGCUCAAAAGGGUUUCAUCAAGUUCACCCCAAAUCAAGUUAGUGACAGAUACGUCUCUCAGUAAUCAAGUUUCAAGACACCCUUUUCCACUAUAUCGCACUUGCUAGAACCCCAGUCAGCCUUCUAUUGUUGUUUUCUAUUCCCUUGGUUUAGUCAUUGUUCGGAGUUGUAAUGUAAGUUAAGAAUAAUGAAAACAUGUUCCUUUGAAUUGAAAUUGAA